UGGUCCGCCGAUAUGUUCACCGCGACAGGAAGGACGGCGCCUCCCCAGGCUUUCAUCUCAAGCUACGCGCCCCGCCUGCGCUCCUUCGGAAAUUCUCUGAUAUCGCCCAUCGUCCCGGCCUCCAACACUCUCCCGCCGCCGCGAACAACCAAGCGCGGGACUGCCGUGGUCAGCUAUGCUGAAGAUGGGUAUGACGAUGAAGAUUUUGAGGAGGGUGAAGGGCCGCGACGCGCAACUGGGCUGCGUAGCUUGCGAAGAGACGAGUCCACGCUGGACAGGUCCGCCCAAAUAGCCGCACUGGGCAAAGAGCUCACUGCGCCCAUCGAAGUCCAGGGCAUCUGGCGAGAUUGGAUGGGAAGGCCAAAACACACUCGGACCGAGAAGCAAGUUCAGGUACAAGCGGUCCUACCGGUUGUUCUGAUUCCCAUCCGCAUAGAUCUGGACAUCCAAUCCUUCCGACCGGAAGCACCGCUCCCCAUGCCUUCCAACGCCCGCGAAUUUGGCAUCGACGAGUCUCUGCCUGCUUACAAGCAGCCAGAUGUCACUCCUGCAUAUCGACUAAAAGAUUCAUUCCUGUGGAAUCUGCACGAAGCCCUGACUACUCCAGACCAGUUCGCGAAAGUGUUUGUCGAUGAGCUGGAUUUGCCAGCCGACCGAAAGCCCCAGUUGAUACACAACAUUGCUAGCCAAAUUCGCACCCAACUGGAAGAAUAUGCAGGCGUUGCUUUGCACCCACUGUUCCACUCUACGGCGUCGCCUCCCCUGGAUGGAACAACAAUCAAAUCUUUGCAGCCUGCUUUGUCGCAGACAGGCACGUCAACACCUGCGGGAGGAGCCACGAAUGGUGUUUCAACUCCGGUGGCCAACGGUACAGCACAAACAGAGGGUAUAUCAACACCAGCAGCGAUUCCGAAUGGUAUCACUGCAACAGCCACCCCACUACCUGCGGAAGAGCUUCAUAACCCGGAUGAUACGUAUCGCUGUAUCGUAUCAUUGAACAUCAACUUGAUGAAUCGCCUUUACAGCGAUAAGUUCGAGUGGUCACUGUUGCAUCCACCAGGACUCGCCGAAAUGUUUGCUAAAGUCACUUGCGCCGAUUUAGGAUUGGCCGGAGAGUGGAUUCCGGCACUCACACACGCUAUAUAUGAAGCUACUUUGCGUUUAAAGAAGGAGGUCUGCGAGAACGGAGGAUUGGUCGGGGACGGCGAAAUAGAUAACGAUGCGGCCGAUGUAACCAGUGGCGCAGGCUGGAGGUAUGAUCAAGAGCAUUUGUGCGAUGAAUGGGAGCCCAAAGUCGAAAUUCUGUCCAAAGAAGAGAUUGAAAAGCGAGAGGGCGAUCGUGAAAGAGAGAUUCGGAGGCUGAGAAGAGAUACUGCACGAUUUUCUUCUACGGCAAACAUGUCUGGUCAGCCUCAAAACGACUUCUUUGCCAACCCCGAACAAACAGAGAACAUGGGGCGUGGCGAACGAAGCAAAAAGAAGAGGCGGUUCAGGAGUCUCAGCCCUGUUGGACGCGAUACCCCAGAUUCAGGUACAGGCUAUGGAGGCCAAGGAAACGGCUUGCAAGAAGGGGAACGACUAUCUUGGCGAUGCGCACACUGCCUAGUGUGGGGCUCCGCUGUAUGGGCUGUGCGUGAUGGACCAAAAGGACCGCGAAGCCUCUGCAACAACUGCGGCUACCUCUACGAGCGAGACAAAAAACUUCCACCUUGGUCGGAAAAUCUCUUCCUCUACGAUAGGCCCCACGACGUCAGAAUAACGUAUCAACGGUAG